CCACUAUCUACCAGCAUGUCUUUAGCCAGCCCACAGCCCCUGACCCCCGAGGGCAGCGUAGAGGCGUUCUACGUUCAUGAGCCGUAUGUGCUCACCUUCGGCAAAGACAGCGUCGAUAUCUGGCGGGCAGGCGGCCCGCACGGGCGCCUCGAGCAUAUCGCGACCCUCGCCCAGUUCGUACUCGCUCCGCCGUCUCGCCUCGACCCCGUCUUCGACACCGACCGCAACCUCAUCAUCAUCGCCGAUGGCGCUCACGGCGAUGGCUUACCUUCCCUCGUCGUCUUCAGCCUCGUCGAUGGCCAGCUCAUCCGUAAGCUCGAGCUGUACGGCAGCCUGAACGAGAAUGGGCUCCCGUACGCCGACGGCAAGAUCCUGGUCGCCAUCGAAGAAGACAAGGAACACUUCCCACCCCAUGGCCUAACCAAGAUCUUGCUCUGCGACGUUGUGGGGGAUGGCGGUAUUCUCGGCAGUGUCAAUCUUCCCGCGCGCCUCCAGGCUCGCGAGGAGCUGCGACUGAACACGGACGGAGGCGUGCUGCUGCCCGUCCACGUCCGGCCGAACGGCGAUAUCGUCGCGACAUCCUCCCAAGCAUGGGGCGAGAAGAUGGAGAUCCUGUUCUGGCGCGGGGCGGACAUUUCGAGGUCCCCUGAGCCAGCGGCGAGCUUCACGCUCGACUGUGGAAUCGAGGACGGUGAUACGAUCUACCCGAUCUGCAGCGCACCUCUGGACGAGAAGACGCGCUUGCUCGCCGUCUACGAGGCGUUCGGUAGCACGCCCCAGGUGGGGUCCGCCUGCCAGACGUCGAUCUUCGCCAUCGACGCGGAGACCAUGACCAUCCGGUGGCACGCGAAGCCCAUCGGAGGCUGCGUGCACACCAUUCGGUAUAUCGCUGCGCUGGACGUCAUCAUCGCCUUCGGACAGCACCAACAAUGGCAACAUGACGACGAAUAUGACGACGAAAGUAAGCGCGACACGUUCCAGUAUGUAGUUGCCCUCGACCCCGCGACUGGCAGCGAGCGGCGGAUGGAGACGAUCAACCACGGCGUGCAGGGAAGUGCAGUGAUAUACAGCGGCCUCAGUCGGAUUGCAGAUGACUUCGUAGUCGUCGUUGUUUUCAACGACGGGUCAACGUGCGCUGUCGACUUGAGGCGUUUCCUCGAACAUGGCUUCCUGAGGGAAGGAGAGCGGUUGGUGGUCUCCAGGUCGCCGCUGGGAGAGGGGUUCAAUGUCAACGGCGAGGUAGCCGUAGCUGGACAGACGGUGAUCGUUUCCGUCGGCCCUGGCAGGGGGGCAAGUAGCUUGUAUUUCAGUCUCCCGUAGAGCUCCAGGAGGACGUUGAAGACGACGACAUGGGAUGUGCUGCGUUGUUGUUCUUGAUUGAAUCACUUGUGUGUACUGCUGUAUACUUCAUAACUUGGAACAAAUUUCUUGCAUGUCGACAAGUCGGAUACAGGCACUGCGCGAGCACAACGCAAGCACCUUGCAUAGCACCCGUCGACUGCCCACCGAGCUUGAUGGGACAAGGGGCGGAUGGAUCCGAAUAGACGUCGAUGUCGACGUCCAAGUCGACGCAGG